CUUCACUUGCCUGCCUGGGCAGGGAGACAUCCGGGGCAGGUGACCCAGGGUGUGGCCUGCACUGUGUCAUCAGGGCCAGACCCCAACCCAGGCAGGAGGCCCUGUGUCAGGGAGCCGACAGGGGCAUCUCCCAGCUAAAGCCAGGGCGAAGAAAGGGAAUAGCCCAUUAUUACAUUAUCUUAGCUUCCAUAGGGAAACUGAGGCACAGUCGGGACACACUCAGUCCAAAUUCCCAGCAGUUUAUUUGGUCAUGGCCAGGAAAAGGAGCCUGAGAUGUGGACCUGGGAAGCCAGAGCCUCCUGAUGGCUACGCACUGGUAGGCAGCACGCCCGGGCCCAGAGCUGCCCUGAGCCCAGGCAGCCUCGCCUGGAGGGAACCCGCAGGAGACAGGCUCCAGGCCAGGGGAUGGCAAGCAGGGAGUGGAGGCCAGGCCAGAGGCCCCUGCUGGCAGCAGACAGGAGUGGCCAAGGGAAGGAUGGCUGGGGCUGCUGCCUGGAGGCCGGGGGCUGCGGCCCUCCCACGACCAUGAGUGGAAGACGCCCCCAAACACUUCUGAGAGUGGACGAGUGGAAUCCACAGCUGAGGGCCGCCACUGAGGGCCUGGAGGAUCCCAGACCAGGAGGGCUGCCUCCCCAGCAGACCCGGCCAGAACCCUACCAGCACUCUCAGAUUGCUUCCAAACUUCCUGUUGGUGCCCUGGCCCUGCCCCGGCCGGGCAGCAAGGCAGCACAGGCGUCUCCCAUUCCUGCUGAGCCCUGGGCUGCCAGCGUGUUCAGGGCCCACCUGGGGAGCCAUUCACAAACGCAGCCUCCCCCUUGCGGGGGCUGGGACCUAGCAAUCUGUAUGAAGGAACUUCCCUGCAGGAGUCUCCUCAACCCUUCAGCCUGCACGGCCCCCUCACAACUACUCCUCCUGCGGCCUUGCCUCACCCUCCUGAGGCCCUUCUCAGGCUCUGCCCACUCACACCUCUCCCUACUGCCCCAUGUCCACCCCACAGCCUCAGUAGCCUGGCUGCCUUCCCAGGUACCAGCAGGGCCCACAGCUCCCCACGUGCCCUGAAGUGAGAGGCUGGGGCAGACCCCCAGACAGGACAGGCCCUGCCCCACAGAUAGGUCACCAAUCCCCGUCAGGGCACCCGGGCACAGGUGCUGAUGGGCUGGUGGAAAAGGAACAAGGCUGAAGGGCUCCAGAUGCUGCAGGGCAGGAAGAACGCUGUUCUUGCUGGGGUCGGGUGGGGUGGAGUGGGGGUGCGGGAAUGGGCCCAAGCAUCUGCAGCACCUCCAAAAAGCCUCUGGGGGCCUGGGGCCCACUGCAGGGCCUCCCAGGGAGCUCCCGCUGCAUCCUCCCUGGCACAGGGACAGGCUUAGGGAUUUGGGCCUGAGUCCCUGGAACAUGCAGGAAGAGAAGGGGACUCCACGUGUGGCCCCAGCCCCAUGGCGCUCACAUACAAAGGUACAUGCCUGAGGUUAGAGUCGAAUACUCUGCCUUCUGCAAGUGGGGCAGCUCAUAGGCCAGGUGACGCUAGGCCCCCUGUCCACAGCCUGCCAACCCUGACACCACUCAGACUUUGGGGACUAUGCCACCCUCCCUGCCCAGAGCACCCAAGGGCCACCCAGUAGGCCAUAGGAAGCCAAGAGACAAUGGCCACCCUUGCCCACUGGGCCCCGUUCACAGCAGCCUGCUGAGGGCCCUGGUCCGGCCACUCUGCAGGCCAGUGUCGGGCGGACCAGACACGUGGGCUCCAAACACGGAUCAAGGCCAAGGAGAAGCCCAUCCCUCAGUUCUCACCUGUCAUACUGGGAGGCAUACUUGCCACCUGUCAGAGCCCUGGAAUACCACAGCAGGGGUGGGGCCAGCUGGCCAGCGGCCUGCACACCCACAGGGGUUCUGGGAAGAAGGUGAGGUGGCAGGUCCU